UUGCCAGAUACGUCACGCGUCUUUGGCGGUAGGCGGGUCUCGUGCUCGUGGGCGAGCGGCGUCGGGCGGGCCGGUGAGCGCAGAGCAGCGGAGCAGCGUGGUCCAUUCUGUGACUGACACCCGCCGGGGAAAAAGUUAGUUGGAGUACGAAGAGACACUGCCAACAUGUCUGGAGAUGACGAUUCACAGGAGCACACUAUCGCCGACGACCUGGUGGUCACAAAAUACAAGAUGGGCGCUGAGAUCGCAAACCAGGCCAUGAAGGCUGUGGUGGAGGCGGCUAAGGCAGGAGUGUCUGUGCUCAGCCUCUGCGAAAAGGGAGAUGCCUUCAUCAUGACAGAAACUGGGAAAGUCUUCAAGAGGGAGAAGGACAUGAAGAAAGGUAUCGCCUUUCCGACAAGCGUGUCUGUUAACAACUGUGUAUGCCAUUACUCCCCUCUGAAGAGUGACCCUGAGGUUAUAUUGAAGGAUGGGGACCUUGUCAAAAUUGAUCUGGGUGUGCAUGUCGAUGGCUUCAUCUCAAACGUGGCUCACAGCUUUGUUGUUGGGGUGACCAAGGAAGCGCCACUGACAGGGCGGAAGGCAGACGUUCUCAAAGCAGCUCACCUGUGCUCUGAAGCUGCUCUGCGUCUCGUCAAGCCAGGAAACCAGAACUCACAGGUCACAGAAGCCUGGAACAAGAUUGCAAAGUCAUUCAAGUGCUCCCCCAUAGAGGGCAUGCUGUCCCAUCAGCUAAAACAACAUAUCAUCGAUGGGGAGAAAACGAUCAUCCAGAACCCAACGGACCAGCAGAGGAAGGACCAUGAGAAGGCUGAGUUUGAGGUCCAUGAGGUGUAUGCAGUCGAUGUGCUGAUCAGCACUGGAGAAGGGAAGGCAAAGGAUGGAGGACAGAGGACUACCAUCUACAAACGAGAACCCAACAAGGUGUACGGCCUGAAGAUGAAGACCUCUCGGAUGUUCUUCAGUGAGGUGGAGAGGCGCUUUGAUGCCAUGCCUUUCACUCUGAGAGCAUUUGAGGAUGAGGCCAAGGCCAGGCUGGGUGUGGUGGAGUGUGCCAAACAUGAGCUGCUGCAGCCCUUCAACGUACUGCAUGAGAAAGAGGGUGAGUUUGUAGCCCAGUUCAAGUUCACCGUGCUGCUCAUGGCUAAUGGACCUCUGCGGAUCACAAACAGCCUGUUUGACCCAGAUCUCUACAAGUCUGAGCAUGAAGUGGACGACCCAGAGCUGAAGGCUUUGCUGCAAAGCUCGGCCAGCCGCAAGACGCAGAAGAAAAAGAAAAAGAAGGCUUCAAAGACCGUCGAGACUGCGACGGGACAGCAAGUGGAGACCGAAGCAGCUGAAUAGAUCCCUCCAUGUCAGCUUUUUGUCUCCAAGAAUUACUGACAGACAUGUGAUGACCCAAAGAAAAGACGUCGAGAAUCCUCCUAUCCCAGCUGUCUGAGGCACUUGCGGGCUUACCCGUCAUGAAUACCUCCAAUUCUAACUGAUGUCAGACUGGGAUGCUGCUGCUCCUAAAUUCUGUCACUCCCCUCCACACACACACACACACACACACACAGACACUCACGUCCCUCUUAAAUUUCCCUGUCCUUGAGACGGGCAUUUCCCCUUGAAUAGUAGGCACAGUUCCACUCCAAGAGAGGAUAUUCUGUGCAAUGGCGUAUUGUUGGUUUUCUCAAUGGAAGACUUAACUAUUUGAGAGACCACAAGCCUUCUCCCCUCCUUCUCUCCCCCAAAAACUAUCGUGAAAAUCAUGGUAAAUAAAAAUGAUUUUGACAGUGUGACCAAGGAGGAUGACUGCGCAGCACCGUGCCAACGUAACUGUGGCAUUUAGAUAAUUUGCUCAAGGUCACAAACCUGAAGCCAUGCCUUUGACCUGAAUGUUUACCUGCUGCUGCGGGGGGGAAAUGUUUAACACCUGUUUUGAACCCUGAAGUCACACAGCAUUGAUGAGGGUUAAAAAGCAUGAAAUCAUGAGUCAUCAUUACUGUUUGAGCAAAAUUACUACAUAUUCACACUGCUCUUGCUUAGGUCUGUAUACUAGUACUGUAUGUAUACUUCUAGGCAUCUAGGUUACUCAACUAACAAUUUAUUAAAUGGAUUUUUGAAGACUUCUUCCACUGGUUGAGAAAUUUAACAACUGAAAAUGUAGUGAUUUUUUUUUUUUUUUUUUUUUCUCCUUCCUUUGCUCAGUCGUGGAUGCUGCAACUCUCACUAAAGGGUUGUGCAUUCGGUCUUCUGGUGCCACCACUGCUGUCAAGGAGUUUCAGUCUGUUUACACAAGAAUUCCAUAGCUGUUAAAUAUAUGGAUGCUUUUGUAAAACAAAUCCCAGUUUCAGAGACUAUUUUUGGAAACAUUAAAAAGCCACCUGACAUCA